AUGUCCUAUCUAUGGAAGCCAGCAUACUUCCUUAAUUUUCGAUUAUCUUUGACCGCAGCAGACAAAAAUCCAAGAUUCCUUGCACUUUUAAAAAGGGUAUGGAAAAAUGAUAAACUAAAAGAAGUUUUGGUUGAAGAGGGAAAGAUUUCAACAGAAAACACCAUUUGCUUAUUAACGGGUUCUCCUCAUAACAUUGAAGAACGUUUAAAAACUGCUUUAGCAGAAAAACAUUUUAGCAAAAACGAACUUAUUGUUUUCGUAGUAGGAAUUUCUUCUGCCCAUGGUGGUGAAGUUAAAACAGCCAAUAUUUUGGAUUGCCUUUACCGAAAAAAAGGUGAAGUUCUCAAUUUUAGCCGUAGUGAAACGUUUUCUUUAGGCACUAGUUUUACUGAUUUGAAACUACUUUUAGAACCAUUUGUUGUGGCUUAUAUGACGGAAAAAUUACAAUUACAACCUAAUGACAAAGUUUUAGAAAUCGGCACCGGCAGUGGCUUUCAGACCGCAAUUUUAGCCCAAUUAGUGAAGGAAAAAGAAUUUGAGGCAAUUAUUUUGACCGCUGCCAGUAAGCAAAUUCCUAGUUCUCUAUUAAAGCAACUAAAAAUUGGUGGGAGAAUGAUUUUACCAUUAGAAAUUGCUUCUGGGGAGCAAAUACUCUAUUUAGUGAAAAAACUAACCCCAGAAAAAAUCCAGUCUAUUCCUCUUUUACCAAUUAGAUUUAUAUCAAUAGCAAAAAAGGCACUACAAAAAAGCUGUUUUAAUUAUCAUGUUUAUAAUAUUAGAAACUGGGCUAUUCGGGGUCAAGUAGAUGAUUAUAUUUAUGGCGGUGGUUCAGGAAUGCUCUUAAAAAUUGAUUGUUUAGUGAAAACUUUAGCGGCGGUUUAUGAAAACCAUGGAAAAGAUUGCUAUGUUAUUUUACUUUCUCCUCAAGGAAAAAGAUUCACCCAAAAAGAUGUCGAACGCUUAAUUCAAAAGAAAAAUUUAGUCUUCAUUUGCGGUCAUUAUGAAGGUAUUGAUGAGCGAGUUAAUAAUUAUAUUGAUGAACAAAUUUCGGUAGGUGAUUUUGUUACUAGUGGAGGAGAAGUACCGGCUUUGUUAAUUACCGAAACUUUGAUUCGAGCUUUGCCAGGAGUUCUCUCGCCUGAAGCCUAUCAAAAUGAAACUUUUCAAACCGAGAAUUCAUUUGAUUUUGCUUCUUACACCCGUCCGGCUAUUUUUAGAGGACAAAACGUGCCAGAGGUUUUAUUAUCAGGCAAUCAUUCAGAAAUUCAAAAAUGA